AUGUAUAGUAUGCAUUGUUAUAAUAUACAAUAUUAUCAUAACCUCCACGACGUAGCCAGAUUGGCUAAGGUUGAACGAUAUUCUUCUUUCCUUCCAUGGUGUAAGGAAAGCAGGUGGAUAGAUUCUAGCCAUGAAGUCAAAAUCCGUCCUUACCCAGUUUCAUCUAAUGCUAUACUUGGCGUAAAAUUUGGGAUUUUUAAUGAAAAGUACAUUUCUACAGUCACAUAUCACUACCCAUUAUACAUCAAGGCCGUUGCUAGCGACGAUUCACUGUUUAAACAUUUAGAAACAACAUGGAAUUUUUCAGAAGGUGCCUCCUCUGGUUUGACGUUAUUGGAGUUUAAAAUAUCAUUCGAGUUUAAAGAUUUUCUACAUCAAAAAUGCGCAAAGCUAUUUAUCAAUAAAAUUUCUCGUACAAUGGUAAAUUCGUUUAUAAGUGAAACAAAGAGGGGAAUAAACUGUUAUCGCAAAAUUAAAACAACUUAA